UUUUUUUGUCACACGUUCGUGGUUUUUUUUACUUCUUUUUUCUAUAUAUUUUUUUUUAUGGGCCAACACAAGAAAUCCAAAUCAUGGUCAGCUUUAGUUUCUUUUCCUAGUUUAACAACCUCAACAUCAUCAACUAUAAAGACACCUUCCGUUACCAAUGUGACUUCAUACCAUUCUUCAUUGUCUGGCGAUAACUAUAAGUUUCAACCAUCAGGAACAACCAUGAUGAAAUCCAAUUCACACCAACAACAUCCGUCCUCACCAUACAACAAUAAUAAUGGCGAAAGCAGUAGUGGUAGUAGUAUUAGUGUCAGUAGUGGUAGGAGCAGCAGCAGUAACAAUAAUAACAACAAGGACAAACGAAAUAAUGAUCAAGAUGACAAGGAUUGGAAUGAGUUUAAUAAUGACUCACUACCUGUGUUUUAUAUUUUCUCCACGCAAGCUUUGGCCGAUGAAUACGCAAGUGAGCAUACCAUUAUUCCAUUUACUGAUCCUCCCAGUUUCUCCUUGGAUCAAGCAACUUUACUGGCUGGUGUUUUGGAAUCUCUUCUUCGUGUGGUGGAUGAUAUUCCAGUGGAUUCAACGGAUAUGCAUGGCAGCGAUUCAUCCGACACCGAUGAUAGUUCACAUUGUAUGGAUAAUACAAUGCAGGAUAUCAGCAGCAGCACAAAUAGCAGCAUUCAUAGUGAACAUGAUGUUGACGACGAUCAGGUGAAUGGGCCUUGGAGCGAUGAUGCCAACGAUAUAUCGACUGGAGACAACAAUGAUGAUG